AUGGUGCGGCCUGCGCCGGCGCACCGUGCGCUGCUUUCGGCCAACUUUAACCAGGACUUUAGCUGCAUCGCCGUAGGCACGCGGUCGGGGUACUCGAUUACGAACUGCGAGCCCUUUGGCAAGGUGUACUCCAAAGACGAUGGCCCGACCGGCCUGGUAGAGAUGCUCUUUUGCACGAGCCUCGUGACGACCGUGGCGCUGUCCGAUGCCAAGAACAGCACGAGCCCGCGUCACCUGCAGAUCGUGAAUACCAAGCGCGAGUCGACGAUCUGCGAGCUGUCGUUCCCGUCGACCAUCUUGAACGUGCGCCUGAACCGGCGGCGCCUGGUCGUGGUGCUCGACGCGGCGCUGUUCGUGUACGAUAUCAGUAACAUGAAGCUCUUGCAUACGAUCGACACGGGCCCGAAUCCGGACGGGCUGUGUAGCCUCUCGCCCUCGUCGGAGCGGUGCUAUGUGGCGUACACCGCGCACGUCACGUCGCCAAGUGGCGCGGAAGGCGGAGCGACCGGGAGCGUCGUGCUCUACGACCUGCUUUCGCUGAGCAUGGCCAAUGUUAUUCCCGCGCACCGUGGGCGGAUCGCGUGCCUCGCGCUGAACGCCGCAGGGACCCUGCUGGCGACCGCGAGCGAAAAGGGCACCGUGAUCCGCGUCUUUUCCGUGCCGGACGGCAAGCCUCUGUACCAGUUCCGCCGCGGCUCGUAUGCCGCGCGGGUCUAUUCCCUUACCUUUAAUGCGGCGAGCACGCUGUUGUGCGUCACGUCGGACACCGAGACGGUGCACCUGUUCAAGCUCGUCCCGAGCGCGGGGCGCGUGCCGGACGACCCAGAGAGCGCAGUGCAGCGCAAGCGCAACACGUCCUUUUUGGGCGCGUGGCGGGAGCAGUCUGUAUCGCUCAGCAAGAAUGUCGCGGGGUCCGUCGGCGGCUAUCUCCCUUCUACGCUGACCGAGAUGUGGGAGCCCCAGCGCGACUUUGCGUUCCUCAAGCUGCCCACGCCCGGCGUCCGUGCAGUUGCGGCCGUGAGCAAUACGCUUCCGCAGGUCAUGGUCCUCACCUCGGAAGGCCUCCUGUAUGUCUACGCGCUGGAUCUGGAGCGGGGCGGCGAGUGCAUCCUGACAAGACAACACUCGCUGUUGGAUAGUGCAAGCACAUAG